AUGGAUCGACGUGGCUUUUGGGGAGAAGGGCCAAGGCCCGGGCCCGGGCCAGCCUUCCCACCAGGUCCACCAAACCCUUGGGGUCUACCCCCGCGGGACCCCCGAUGGGACGAUUUGGGCCGGUACCCGCAACAAGGCGAGUCACGCGGUGGGCCGAUGAUGGGUGGACAUUCGUGGCGAAGGGGCGGACCACCACCCCCGCCCCCGGUGAUGAUGGGCAGAGGCAGGGCACGACCGUCACCCUGGGCACCAAUGGGACCGCCGCCACCAUAUGCGAGGGGAGGAUACGGCGUCUACGGCCAUGGUGGACCAGUUUCGUCGUGGCGCUUCGAUCGAGAACAUCGGAGCGGUCCGGAUCGUUUCCAAGAAUUUCGCACACAUGACGCCUUCCGUCCAUUUCUCGACCAUCAACCAAACGAUUGGAGUGUGGAUUCGACCCAUUCGUCAACGCCCAGCUCAGCAAAUGCGGGACUCUCGCAAUUGGAUAGAGAUUUGAUGAAUCGAUACACCCACUGUCAACCGCUCUUCACCGAUUUCAGCUCGCAUCAGAAAAUUGACGUGCGUUUCGAGAUUUCGGCGCGUUUCAUCGAGAUUUCAUGGACCUCUCCUCAUUUACCAGUGAAUAUGAAGUACGACUACUUGUUAUCAGUUGAUGGUGAUCGGAAUAUUUACAAUUUGGAAUUCCCGUGGCACAAAACGAAACACUCGGUGAAGACGACACCGGGAGCCGUUUACAAGUUCACGUUGAGUUGCAAGGCACACGAUGGACGAAUUUUGGCACAAACGAGUAAAGAAGUGAAAGCGGUCUUUUCAAUGGAUGAAUUAAGGCGACUACACGCGAGGGCCGUCGAUUUGAAUGGAAAUGAUAUGCACAGUUUUCGCUUUUUGUACAGAUGUAAACCACAAUCAUAUUGGAACGAUAUCUACACGAAUUGUCGCGGAAUGAUGGAACCGUAUGCAAAAGAUAACAAUGGACAACCGUCGAAUGCGAUCAAUGGAGCGAUAUCGGGUCUUUUCUUCUCCGCUCGUCUUUUUCACGGCGAAUUGCCUCCUAGUAGUCCAUUCGGUGAUCGACGAUUGCGCGUUGAGGCACCAUUUUUGCUUGACACAAGGAAACAUACAAUGUAUUUUGCCGAUUUCUACUGCAAUAAUGCGCUCCACUAUGUGACGAUCGUGAUUUGCGUUCGGGAUUCGAUGACAGAUCGGUUUUGCGCCCCUCGUCUAAUCCGUUUGAAUCCGGAAACGAAUCCGUUUGUGAAAAUACAGUACUAUCCGCCGAGCCGAAAUUUGCCUGAAGGUGGACACGAGUAUUUCAUUAAUAAGAACGUUUGGGUCGAGGUUUUCUACACGGAAUCAAUUGAUAUCAAUGUACGACAACUCGAUCAUAUACAGGCAACAGGAAUGGGUACUUCUCGGAUUGGCGGUUUACCUAAUAACAAGUACUGCGAGUUGUGCAAUUUGUAUCCGUUGAGGAAACCGGGAAGUGGUGAAGUCAAUGAUGAGAAUGACGAUUAUUUCACCGAGCUCACACCGAGAGAAUCGACGAUCAUGUUGUGUAACUCGUUGCAUCAAAUCAAAGAUUCAAUCGGCGAGGAUUGGGCUGAGGUGGUGGGCACAGUGUGUCAUCUCGUCGAUCAAACAUGCGAGCAAAUGGAGAACGAUUUUGGAGUGGCUGAUGCCGAGCAGCGCUCGAUCGAACGUUUAAACAAAACCAUGGAAGAAAUGAGGGAACAAGUCGAGUUGUGCUCGGAUAUUGAGGUACAAGCGAUCGCCGACGAUAUUCAACAAAUGGUCGAACGAUUCAAGGAACAACGACAGCAAUUCCUCGACCUCCUCGCCGGGAUGGAUGCCACAAAGCGUUCCCUUCUCCCAUCAACAACAUCUCAACCACCAUACCAACAACAGCAAAGAUCAAUCGCCUUGGCACAUCGAAAACAUCGGAUUCCCGCU